AUGCCAAAAGUUAAUCCAAAUUCUAUAGAAAGACUACACCUUAGUGAUGGCCUUUUGGGUAAAGUGAUUUUUAGAGCACCAAGUAAUCACAUUUCAUCAUUAUUAAUAUAUUUAGUGAAUUAG